AUGGAUUUUAAUAGGCAGCAGCAAAAUCUGGAAGGAAGUGAAGCUAGGUCAUCAUCAGAAAAAAAUAUUCAGUGGUUACCUUCCCUCCAUUUGUUGACUGAUAAGGACAAAUUACGUUUGGAUCUUCUUAAAGCUGCACAAACGGGAAAUAUCUAUGCAGUUCAAAGUCAGUUCGAUAAUCCUCUGUUCAGUAAUUCUUCAUCACGCUCAUUCAAUAUUGCAAUAACGGAGAAACAUGAAACUAUUUUCCAUGUAGCACCAGGAGCAAAUCAAACUGACUUUGUAGAGAAGAUGAUUGAUAAGAAAGUAGAAGAUGCCCUGAAGUUGCAAAACAUGAAAGGGAACACUGCCUUCUGUUUUGCUGCUAUGGCUGGGAAUAAAUCAAUUGCUGAGAAAAUGUUGAGAAGGAACCAAGACCUGUUGACAAUCCGAGGUGGCGGUAAUUUGACUCCACUAAAUCUGGCUGCUAUGUUUGGAGAAAGGGAAAUGGCGUUAUAUUUAUACCGGCAGUAUGAUGGAGGGACACUGACAUUAGCCGACAAAAAACAAUUAUUUUUUGAUAGCAUCGACACUACUUUGUACGAUCUUGCAAAGAAAUUGCUAGAAGAUGAAGAUGAUAACGAAAAUGAAUUGGCUAUGACUCAAUACGAGCGUGGCAACGAUCUUUUGACACCCUUGCAUCUGUUGGCUUUAACGCCCUUUCAUCUGUUGGACCAAAAUAGUAGAGCUCAAUUGGGGAAUUUUAAAUUCUUGGGUAAACUCAUCGAACUUUAUCCUGAUUUGAUUCAUCUUAAAGAUGAUGAUGAAUGGACCAUAUUUCACAUUGCAAUUAUGCAUCGUCAUGAUGAUUUGUUUAAGUUAAUAGAUCAAAUAGGUUUCAACAAACAGUUGGAUGUUGAAAAGCUUGUAAUGCCUGCAUUUAGCGAAUUGAAGAAUUCAGAAAGCAAAACACCUCGAGAGCUCUUCACUAGUACACAUGCAGGCUUACUUAAAGACGGAGAAAAGUGGAUGGGGAGCAUAGCAAGUCAAUGCAUGCUUGUUGCAACAAUCAUUGCUACUGUGGUUUUUGAAGCGGCUUUCACUGUACCAGGAGGUAACGAGGAUAAUGAAGGAAGGAAUAUUGUGCUCCAUAUUUUUGCUAUGGCACACGUGAUUGCAUUAUCUUCAUCUUCUAUUUCAAUUCUAAUGUUCUUGUCUAUUCUUACAUCCGGUUAA